AUGUCGUGCACGGAGCUGCUGACCAUGUGCCUGCUUCGGCCCAAGGCUGCCGCCCGUGAGGCCCCUGCAGCACCCCCUGCGGUCCCUCCUGCGGCCUUCGCUGGCCUCGGACUCUUCCAGGACGUUUUCCGUCGAGCAGAUAAGAAUGAUGAUGGGAAGUUGUCCUUUGAGGAAUUCCAGAAUUAUUUUGCAGAUGGGAUUCUCAGUUCUGGGGAACUCCGGGAGCUAUUCAGCAACAUUGACCGGCAUUACUCAGACAAUCUAGAAACCGAGAAGCUUUGCGACUAUUUUUCAGAGCACCUGGGUGCAUACAGACCUGUGCUGGCUGCCCUGGAGGCUCUGAACAGCGCAGUGCUCGCUGCCAUGGAUGCCACCAAGCUGGAGUAUGACCAUGCAUCCAAAGUGGACCAGUUUGUAAUGCGAUUCCUCCUUCGAGAGACAGUGGAUCAGCUGCAGGCCCUGCAGGGCUCCCUGGAGGGAGCCUCCGACACACUUGAGGGCCAGAUGGGUGACCCUCGGAUGGAUGUGCCCAUGCAGAAAGUGGAAGAGUCAGGUCGGCCUCGGGCUGGCAGGAGGUCUGGGCGCCGGGCCAUGCGGAGCAUCUGCCUGUCGCCGAGCACCCUGGAUUAUGGAAUUCUGAAUACAGGGCAAUGUGUGGAGUCUGACAGUCAGUGGACGGUGCAAGUGAAUCGUUUACAGCAGCUCAUAGACCAGUUGGAGUGUAAGCACACCCUGAGGCUGGAGCCCUUAACAGAAGCCAUAGUUUGCAAAGCAACUGACUCGCACAUCCUGGUGGCGCAGAGGCAGAUCUCGGUGACCAACAAUGCCUUGCAGGAUUUCCAGCGUGCUCUCUGCUGCUAUACAGAUUUCACCAGUGCCCACAGCAGCUGUCUCCACGUGUCGGCGCAGAAGCUGCUGGGUGAAGCCACUUUCAUUCUGUUUGAGUUCUGGAAGGACGAGGCCUCCUGGAAAAGUCACUCACAGACAAGCUAUUCCAAGGCCUUCCAGAGAGUUCUCAUUGACCACCUGCAGACCCCAGAGGUCCUGACCACCAUGCUCUUUCCAGCCUCCUGGUGGAUCAUGAACAAUAACUGAACCCUGGGCCAGCCCCUGGUCUCAGGACGAAGGGUGCUUCAGCCCAACGUUGCCCCUUAUCCCAGGAGCCCUGCAGGACUCAACCGAGAUUAUAGCCUUGGCUCUGUGUGGGCUUCACAGAGCUGGAGAGUGGGAGGAGCCCACUGUCUGGGACAGCGCGUCUCCCAGCCCAAGCUGCUGCCUUUCCGAAGCCCUCCUCCGAGCCACCUUGAGCAGCAACUCCAUCUGUCCCAGCUCCCAGGCUGCUCACGGUGGUGGGUUUCCAUACUGCACAGGCAACUACCUAUGUGGGGUGGGGGGGUUUCUCAGCGGCAGCAUGAUGCAGAAGAGAGCUCAGGGAUUGGAGGUAGGUGUCUUGGGUUCUAGAUCUGGCCUUGUUACCUCGGGUUGGUUACUUCCCUUCUGUGGGCUUCGGUUUCUCAAUUUAUAAAAUGGGGAGCAGGUUGAAUUUGAUGAUUUAUAAGGUUCUUACGGCUGUCUGAUGCCUUCUUCACUGAGGCAGAAGGUGACUCUCCAUAGCUUUACUCGGGGCUUAGAAGGGUGACUGAAGACCUUGGUGGGGACUGGGUCAUCUUCUACUAGGCCAUGAGGUAAUACCUGCUGGGGAGGUCGGAGUGGAGACUUGGCUUUUGCCCACAGGCUGCAACUGGAACCGCCUUGCUGCGUAGUAUAUGUAUGUGUGUGUAUAGUGGUGGCAGGGGGGAGGGGAUGGGCUCUAAUUUGCAUGCAAUUUGCAUAUACUUUGCAUGUCCAUGUACCACCCACAUGCGGCUAUCUUUAGGAUACAAGUAACUGCAUGAAUAGCAGUAACAUUGAGGACUUGAGUCCUGGAAUAGGAGCCCAUGAUGACCUUGUACGCUGGCUCCCACUUCACCUGCAAUAAAGGUUCCUGUCUCA